AACGCCAUCAGCUGUUUUUGCAUUCCGCUGCCACAAAACAAAAUUAAAUUGUUGCUGAUGAAUUGGAUUUCCGGAACUUGGAGUGAUUUGCUCUGAUUUGUGAACCUGGGAACGGAUCACCGGCUAUGGGCAGCACGCGGGAGCGGGAAAGGGAGAGUCGCCUGUGCGCCGUCACCUUCUUUGCGAGGCUGCAUCCUGGCGACGUCUGCGGCAGCAACGGCCUGCCCCUCACGCCCAACUCGAUUGCGAUCCUGGGCAGGGCCCAGAAACUGAAGGAGCUGCAGGACGAGCACCUCUGCCAGUACCUGGAUGUGAUCCGCGGCAAGCACGAACGCACCAUUGUGGUUUCGGAGUACCUGGGCCUGUCCUUGGAGGACUAUGUCAAGCGUCAUCCUCCGCUGGCCAUUGCCCAGAUCCUGCGGAUCUUCUACCAAGUGGCGUGCGGCAUUAAUGUGCUGAGUCAGCAUCAUUUGGUGGCCCACAACCUGGAGCCCAAGCACGUCCUCAUCUCCAGAGAUGGUCUGCGGGUGAAACUCUUCAACUACGGGCUGCACCACAUGACCAAGGGCGGCGCCUAUGUGCCCUUUCCCAUUGGCAAUAUUCGAUAUAUGGCACCCGAACGACUGCUCGGCCUGAAUGGCAAUGUCAAGAGCGAUGUGUGGUCCCUGGCCAUGAUGGUGGUGGAGCUAGUGUUCCAGAUCGAACUGUGGCCCAAGCUGAAACUCUCGAAUGUGGUUAGGAAAAUCCUGGCCUUUGGCAGGAGCAACGGAGUGCUGGAGAAGAUUGCGCGGGAGCAUCAGUGCCACGAACGCUACGCGGAAAUGGACACGAACCUGCGACAGCUGCUGGAAAGCUGUCUGAGUGUCCUGCCGAAAAGGAGACCGCUGCCGGCGGAGCUCCUGAGUCAUCCGAUUUUCGAAACAGUUCUUACCGAUUUGAAGAAGGAGAAGCUGCCAGUUUUGGGCGAGGGAGCCGAGCAUGUACCCCUACUCCUGCGAUGUCCCCUGUCGCAAAUCUACCAUCUGUGGCAACUGGCCGGCGGCGAUGUCCAAGCGGAGCUGAAAAAGGAGGGUCUCAUCCGCAGUGAGGCGCCCAUUUUGGGUCUGCCGCAGAUAGUUCGCCUGAACGGCGCCAGCGUUUGCCCUGGUCGAAGUCAGGCGCAGCUCAUGGACGACCGGGUGGUGCCGCUGCGCCUGAAGGCACUGCUCCAGCGACUGAGUCGCUUGCCAGCCGGAAUCUACUUUCCCCUGCUCCACUCGCCGCGCUUUCCCGCCCACUUUGCCCGCGAGCUGCAGGAACUGCCGCUGGUGAUCCGCGAAAGGGACAUCGAGUAUCAGUUUCAGCGGGUGCGUCUGUUCACGCGCCUUCUCCAGGGCUAUCCGCACACAUCGGAACAGCUGCGGCGCGAGGCGGCCGUGGAUGUGCCACCGCUGUUGAGGGGUCCCAUUUGGGCUGCCCUCCUGGAGGUGGUGCCCAAUGGGAGCUACGCCAAAAUUGACAAGUUCACGUCCACAAGCACGGAUCGGCAGAUCGAGGUCGAUAUACCGCGCUGUCAUCAGUACGAUGAGCUGCUCUCCUCGCCGGAUGGCCAUCGAAAGCUGAGGCGGCUGCUCAAGGCCUGGGUCACCGCCCAUCCGCAGUAUGUCUACUGGCAGGGAUUGGACUCGCUGACGGCGCCGUUUCUCUAUCUCAACUUUAACGACGAAGAGCUGGCUUUUCUCAGCCUAUUCAAGUUCAUUCCAAAGUAUCUGCAGUGGUUCUUUCUCAAGGACAAUUCGGCGGUGAUCAAGGAGUACCUGAGCAAGUUCUCCCAGCUGACUGCCUUUCAUGAGCCGCUCCUCGCUCGGCAUUUGGCCAGCAUUAGUUUUAUACCCGAGCUAUUUGCCAUUCCCUGGUUCCUCACCAUGUUCUCCCAUGUUUUCCCGCUGCACAAGAUCCUGCAUUUGUGGGACAAGCUCAUGCUGGGCGACAGUUCGUAUCCGCUGUUCAUUGGCAUCGCCAUAUUGCGCCAGCUGAGGAGCACACUGCUUACCUCCGGUUUCAACGAGUGCAUCCUGCUCUUCUCGGAUCUGCCGGACAUCGUGAUGGAUGGCUGUGUGCUGGAGUCCCAGAAGAUGUACGAGGCCACUCCAAAGAGUAUUACCCAUCGUCAGCACGCACUGCGUCUCCAGCCGCCACAGGCAUUGGACAUUGGCGUGGCGGACGUGGAGUUGAAGCACCUGCAGCAGGAGCAAUGUCCGCGGAUCAGCGCCAAGGAUGUGCAAUUCCUGCUGGACCACUCGCCGGCGGAGCUGGCUCUCGUGGAUCUGCGCAGUGUGGUGGAGUUUGGACGCGUGCAUGUGCCACAUAGCAUCAACAUUCCCUUCGCCACCGUCCAGUUGGGUGACCAGCGACUAGAGGCCCUGCAGGUGCCCCAUUUGGAGUCGCUGCUUCGUGGCAGAAUCGUGGUCUGCGUGAGCAACAUUCACCAGCACUCCGUGGAGUUCUCGCACUUCCUGGUGGCCUGCGGCGUCCAGCGCACCUGCAUCCUUCACAAGGGAUUCAACGUCCUGCACUCCAUCGAGCCAAAUAUACUCAUCUCGAAUUGAGCCCCGACCCGCUGAUCGUUUCUCGUUGGCCUCAUCGCUUCUGCUCGUCUAGCCUAAGCUCAAUGUAAAUUUAUUAUCUUUUUUAAAUGGAAUGUAUUUGCAAAUAAAUUAUAUAUAUAUGUAUUAUAUAUAA